CAGAAGAAGAUUGCCAAUCUAUCAAGUGUUAUCAAGAUUACGUGCUAAAAUAGUGUUUUUUCUCUACAUUUGUUUCGCAUUCUAGUUGAAAGCGCAAUAUCUUCCGAGAUGUAACAGAAGAUAAAUUCUACUGGUGGUGUUGUGUUUGACUAGGAUCGUUCUACACACAAUGCUAGAUGAUGAAGUACGGAGCAGGAAGAAGGAUCCACAUUAAAGAUACUUCCACAAAAUAUUACCGAUAUUCGACACCAGGCCGAACACUACCACUGAUGUCAGGUCCAUGCCAUGGAAGGGGAAAGCUAAGGCCGGGUUAAGCGACCGUUCGGAAAUUGGAGGGGGCUGCUCGUGCAGCAGUAGUUCGAAAAAGACAACGCUAAGGAAUUGCCGUGCGCAGAAAAAAGACCACGCGCUUGCAGCGACACGAACCGUUGGUAGUGUGCGUGACGACGCUGGCAACAGGGCGGGGAACGAUUCCCCCACCUGCUGGAAAGCGGUCCAUUUUUCAGGGGAGGUUAUCUUCGUCGUCGUAGUCGUCGUCGUCGUCGCCACCGCUGCCACCAUCACCGCCACCAUCGUCGCCGCUGUCCUCGUCGUCGACGUCGUUGCCGUCGUGGUCGCCGUCGUGUUCGUGAACUGCAGGCUCCCUGCUUAUGAUGUCAUCGGAGGAAGACUCUGAUUCUUUCGGUUUGUACGUCGAUAAGUUGCUAAAGAACAACCCUACCAACACAGUGACGAUCAGCAGCAGUAACGGCAGUAACAGCAACAGCAACAGCAGCAACGGGAGCAACAGUAACAGCAAGCGAAGCAGACAGCGCGUAGACGCGGGCGAGCCAAGAAACAGCUACUCCUCGAUACCCAGCUUCAGUUCUCGGCCGUCCUUCAUGAGCAGUGGUCUAUACGGGGCUAUUUUUAGCCAGGCGCAGCAGCAACAUUUCAGCGGACUUUUCGGUCCCGGCGGUUACGGACCGGCGGCCACCAGCAAGAUGCUUAACGAACUGCUUGGCAGACAAGUGAAGCAGGCCCAGGACGCAACGGAUCCGGACACGAUUAGCAUGCUCUCGGCGAUCGAGGCUGCCGCGGCCAGUAUCAGCAGUGUGGCCGGCAGCAUCAACAACGGCAGCGUUACCGAUUGUGGCGGGCUUACGGCGGACAGUGGUGUUGUGAACGGUGCAAGUGGAGGUGUGGUGAAUUCCGCCAAGCUCGGGUUCGAAAGUGUGACAAACCUGAACAACAACAAUACCAACACGAACAAUAAUAAUACCAGCGCCAGUAAUAAUUCCGGCAGCAACAACAAUACCGGCACUAGCGAAAGUGCGAAAAGUGCUAAGAACGGCAAGAGUAGUAACAGUGCGACAGUGUCGGUGUCGGAUGUGACGAUGGGCUCGAACCGGCGCAGCAGCAGCUCGAGUAGUACGAGCAGCAACAGUAGCAGCAGCAGCAGCAGCAGCAACACAAGCAGCAGCAGCAGCAGCAGCAAUGGCAGCAGCAACAAUGCUCUUGCGAAUACCAAUAGUGAGAACAAUGGCGGCAGCGGUGGCAGUGGCGACGGUGGCAGCGCCUCGGGAGCGGCCAAGUCGGGCAGCAGCCGGAAUGCGGUGGCCGCCGCCGCCAGCGGCAACAGUGCAGUGGACGGUUCGUGCAGUAACGGGCUCGGUGGUGUUAUAGACCUUGACGGUGACUCUACAACACCACCAGCCACAAGCGAGCUGGCGCACCACAUGUUGCGCAACAUCUUGCAGGGCAAGAAGGACCUGAUGGCUCUCGAUCACGAGCUGCGCGCGACGAUCCAGAGCAACCAGAGUGGCCAGCAGCAGCAGCACGGGACCGGCGGUCGGAUAUCGCCGGACAACAACAAUGUGAUCGGUAGCAAGAACAACAACCACAGCAACGCGAUCUUCGAUGUGAGCAAAAUUAGUGAGAACAGCCUCGGCGCGAUCGUGAACGGGGGCGAGCUGAGUGAUGGGAGUGAUGUGGGUACCAACACCAAGGGUGCCAGUGGUACGGGUGCUUCGGCGUCCACCAAGCACCGGGCGGCCAACGGCAAUAAUCAAAAUGCGAAAGCGACCCACGGCGCUAGUGAUAGUACGAAAUGUGAUGAUUUGCUCGGUACGUCCGCGGACGUCUGUCGUUUAGCGAAUGGUGCAAGUGGUGCCGGUGUGGUGGAUGCGAUCAAUCCCAAGCAGGAAAAGAGUGAUGUGAUUGACGAGCUGGUGGCGUCCCUGCCGGACGAUGUGGACGAAACCGUACCCUCGCCGGCGUCCUCUACCGGUGGCGUCAGUACCGGAGGUCUGAUCGCCAAGCAGGAGAUGAUGGACCUGGACGAUUGCUGUCUCGACGAUAAGGAUCGGGACGAGCGAACGCCUACACCAGGCAGUGGCAUCAUGACGAGCCGUGCCGAACCGGAAGCACUGAACAUGAAGCGUGCGCGGGUGGAAAACAUUGUGUCGUCGAUGCGCGCCAGCCCGGCGAUCCUUUCCCAACCACCGGUGAACGGUUGCAAAAAGCGCAAGCUGUACCACCCGCAGCAGCACGAUAACAGUGCGGCCGAACGGUAUGCGGCUGCUGCGGCGGCCGGCCUAAACCUGGGCCUUACGCUGCAGAACUUCAUGCUGAGCAGCAGUGCGGCGGCUGCGGCAGCGGCUGCCGCCGCGAACAAUACCUCCACACCCGUCACUGAUCCGACAACGACCGAUGAUGAUGACGAUCUGGUGGAGACGGUCACGACGCCCCACAUUCAUCAAAAGCGGGUGGAAAAGGACGUACUUAAGUCGCAGCUGCGCUCGAUGCAGGAACAGCUGGCCGAGAUGCAGCAGAAAUAUGUGCAAUUGUGCUCACGCAUGGAGCAGCAAUCGGAUACCACCCAGGAGGUGGUGGACGAUAGUUCCUCGAGCGACAUCAUGGAAGAUGAUGUCGUGAGUGCGCCCGACCUAUCGCCCGAAAAGCCUCACCUGUCGGCUUCGACGCCCGUCAAGGAUGUGGCAGGAGCGAAGGGGCAAUCGAAUGCAGCGGCCGCAGCAGCAGCGGCGGCAGCAGCAGCCGAUGCCUCAAGCAUGCUGCAGAUGAUGAGCAAGAUGAUGUCGGCCAAGCUGCAUAACGCGCUUCCCUCGACACAUCCACUGCAGCCGGGCGGCUUUAACGGGACCCAUCCGUUUCUGCAGCACAUGCAGCAAGCAGCGGUUGCCGCGGCAGCCAUGCCGCAUGAAGCGCUCGGUCAGCAGCAACCACCACAGCAGCAGCAGCAGCACAGUCAGCAGAUGAGCAACGCGGCUGCCAUGUAUCAGAAGCUGUUCCUCGAGCAGGAAGCGAGGCUAGUGAAAGCGGAACAAGCGGAACGGAAUUUACAAGCUUCCAACCAGCAAUUGCUACAGCAGCAGCAGCAGCAACAGCAAUCGCUUCAGCAGCAGCAACAACAGAUCAUGCCACAGCAACAGCAACAACAUCCAGCUCAUUUGCCCGACCGGAAUUCCAGCAAUAACUCAUCACAGGUAACUAUGCCGCACCAGCAGCAACCUCAAGCACAAAAUCAAACUUCCCAGGCACUGUUACAAUCGCCUGUUCAACAUCCCCAGACGCAGCCGCAUCAGCAACUUUCGCCGACGCAUCCGCAGCAGCCACCACCACAGCAGCCCUGUGGCUUAGUGCAGCCUAUGCCGUCGAAUGCACAGCUUCCGCCGCACCCGACGUCUCAGCAGCAACAGCAGCAACACCAGCAACAGCAGCAGCAGCAACACCAACAUCCACAGCAGCAGCAGCAGCCGCAUCCUCCAGUGCAAUCGCAACAACUGUCGCCGACACAUGUCCCAAUGCAACCAGUGCCACAGACGACCGGUCAUGUGGUACCGACAUCGAUGGGUGGCCACAACAUCCCUUCCAUACCGAAGGGAUCAUCGCUUCCAUCCGAUCUGACGAACCGAUUGAACAUGAUGCGCUCGAACGCUAGUUCCGUGGGACCGAUGUCCGGCACGGAUCUGGAGGGUUUAGCGGACGUGCUGAAGACGGAGAUUACGGCAUCGCUCUCGAAUCUGGUCGAUUCGAUCGUGACGAGGUUUGUGCACCAGCGACGAUUUCUCGGCAAGCAGUCGGAAGCGGCGGCUGCGGCGGCCGAACAGCUGAACAAGGAUCUGCUGAUGGCCUCCCAGCUACUGGACCGUAAGUCACCGCGCACCAAGAUAAGUCAGGCAGACCGUAGCGGUAGUAUUGGCGCCAGUCAAUCAGCUAUGUUCCAAACAUCGAAAACGCCACAGAACAUCAACUCGGUUGCGGCUGCGGCGCUCUACAACUCGAUGAACCAGGCCCUCGGGACGCCGAGCCAGGUGAACCCGUUCUGUCUGCCCCCUCCGGAACCCCGCGAACACAAUCCCGAGCAGAACGAGGCGCUCAGCCUAGUCGUGACGCCGAAAAAGAAGCGGCAUAAGGUGACCGACACGCGCAUUACACCACGAACAGUGAGUAGAAUUCUAGCUCAGGAUGGCAUUAUUCCGUCCUCGAAUCAGGUGCAAGUUGAUUCACAACAAUCUCAACAACAGCAGCAGCAGCCGCCAUCGCAGUCGCAACAACAGCAGCAACAAUCGCAACAGCAGCUGCCAAACUGUCUGGGGAGCAACAACAAUAAUAACAACAGUUGCAGCAAAAACAACAACGCCUUGAGUGGGCAGCAGCAACAGCAGCCCCAACCUCAAACGGCAUCGCAAAAACCGACCCCAGCACAGCAGCAGCAACAGCAGCAGCAGCAACAACAGCAAACGCAGCCUUCCCCGUUCAACAACGGUCAGUCGGCGGCCGGUUCGGUCCAACCGUCCGGUCCGACGACGCCCACGGAAUGCAAAUCGGAGAGGUCGUCCUUCCAUGGGGCCGCCUCGUCGAUGCUGCCCGUCUCACUGCCUACCUCGGUUGCGAUUCCGAACCCAUCGCUGCACGAGUCGCAAGUCUUUUCGCCCUACAGCCCCUUCUUCAAUCCGCACGGUCCGCACGGUGGCCCGCACGGUCCCCAGCCGUCACAGUUUCACCACAUGAAGGUGUCGUCGAGCCCGCCCGGCAUCAAUGGCAUGCUGGACCCGCGCGAUUCCCCGCCACUACCCCACCCGCCAACGAUGCUGCAUCCGGCCCUGCUGGCAGCCCAUCACGGCAACUCACCGGACUACGGACAUAUCAGAGCGUCGAUGGAUGUGAACGACCGCAACUCGGACUGCACCUCCGCCGAUAUCUCUUACAACGGGAUGGAGCCUACUUCGUCAACCCUGACUCCGAUGCACCUGCGCAAGGCGAAGCUGAUGUUCUUCUGGGUACGGUACCCAAGUUCAGCUGUGCUGAAGAUGUACUUCCCGGACAUCAAGUUCAACAAAAAUAACACCGCCCAACUGGUCAAGUGGUUCUCCAAUUUCAGGGAAUUCUACUACAUUCAAAUGGAGAAGUACGCCAGACAGGCGGUAAGCGAGGGCAUGAAGAAUGCGGACGACAUCCAUGUGAGCAAUGACAGCGAGAUUUACCGCGUACUCAACCUACACUACAAUCGGAACAAUCACAUUGAGGUGCCCCAAAAUUUCCGAUACGUUGUUGAGCAGACGCUGCGUGAAUUCUUCCGCGCGAUACAGGGCGGCAAAGACACCGAGCAGUCGUGGAAAAAAUCAAUUUACAAAAUCAUCUCCCGAAUGGAUGAUCCUGUGCCGGAGUAUUUCAAAUCUCCGAACUUCCUCGAGCAGCUGGAGUAAGUGCUGAACACAAAAACCGUUACUAAAAUGGCGGCACCACCACCAACGGAACGCGAGUGGUGGUGCCCGACCAAACAAAAUGCCAAGAAUGCUAGAGCGUGUCAACCAACAAAAACAAAACAGCAACAAAAAACGUAACUAACACAAAAGCAAAAACAAGUAAAUACCAAAAAGCAAGCAGAGGCCAGCCAAGCCCUUCCGCGCUAAAGGAAAGCGGAGAAAAAGAAAAAAAUGCAAAACUGAAUUAAGGGCAACCGAAUCAAUAAAUAGGAAAAAGAGGGACAAAAACAAAACAAAGAAACCAGAGAGUAAGUAAUAUAUGAGAUACACUAAUUUGUGUAUUGGAAACGAAACAAACUAAAGAAAAAACAGAAACAAAACAAAACAGAGAGUAAUUUUAUUAUUAAAAUUAAAGUAAAUUAUACAAAAUUGUUAUCUUAAAACAAAUUUAUGAACUAUGAGUACUACGUGGGUGGGGACAAGCAACCUAAGAGAGAAAAAAAAGAGAUAAAGUAUGCCGGGUUGUAAAAAGGUAUACAAAAACACGAGUGAGAGGAGAAUGGGACAAAGAAACACGGAAGAACAAAAAGAGACUAUAUUAUUUAAUAACAAAAGUGAAAAACAAAAAUCCUAAGCACGAACACGAAGCGAAACAAUGACGAAGAAAAAAAACCAAUGCGUUUACAAUGCGUUUACAAAACCUAUCCCAAACAAGCAAAAACGAACAGAAACAAAUACAGAAAACACUUGUGGUUCCUAAUAAUGUAGUGCGCUUUUUCCCACUCAGACCGUGCGCGUCUGGCAAUGUAAACCCCGCGCACACACACACAACACACAUACACAUGUAAAGCACAAGGAAAAACUUUAAACACUGGCAAAGUGUAGUAACUCAAAGUAUGUGUGUGUGUGCCUUUAUUACACACUACUACUACUACUACUACACGUGUGUGUGCAAUCACUGUGUGCGUGUGUGCGUGUGUGUACGGGGAGUGCUAUUAAACCACGGGAAAGGCCUUCAAAUUUAUCACUAUCCGAGCGCAGCAACUGAAAAAUUGCAAGCAAAAAGCCAAAAAUAAGGCUCCUCUCAUGGAAAGCAAAAAACAACCCCUCAAAUUGUGGUAUUUUUCGACAAAAAAGAGAUUAUCGAGGCGCGUUCUAAAGGAAAGUAAGAAAAAAGAAACUAGUAUUUAGAUGCAACAACAAAAAAUCGAAAACAAAAAGCAAGACACCUACACGGCAAAACCUCAAAAUUUACCAAUUUUUAGUAUAUUUAAGGAAGCGAAACGAAAAAUGGGGAAGGAAAACAAACUUAAAGAACACACACACUAAGAGGAGCGUGCACUUACUUGCUGAGUGCUGGAGCAAGUCGAGGAGCAAGAGAAAGGAACAGAAAAACAAGUGUUUGGAGAAACUUUAGGAAACGGAAGCUGCCAACAACAACAAAAAAUGCGGGACAAAGCUAAAACUAACAGACAGCAUUGCGACCGUGUUUCUGAACAGCAACUACUGAUGUAAACUGUAUUGCGCAUCGUCGAACCUUUAGAGUAUCUAAUUUACGAAUCGGCGUCUAAAUUUAUCCCUUGUACAUUUGUGGUGUUUUUAGCCUAUCGAGCAUUCCUUUUUCUUUGGUCCAUUCCCCCGGUUGUUAAACAGGAUGUGUCUGAGAUCGGGUUUUGGGGGUUGUGAGAGCUACCAGCUCUCCCCCAAGGGCGCUGGACUGAUGAUCCUUUAACAAGCAUUCUUUAUUUUACUGUAUAGUCUAGUUAUUAGCGCAUUUAGUUUUAACGCCCUUUAGGUUUAGGCAUCGUUAGCAAUCGUGUAUGAGAAAAAUGAGUGCGCGUGUGUGUGUAAGUAGCAGUAGUAAAGCAGAAGCUUACACACUCAGAGAUGCAGCAGAUCGUGCGAACACCAAGAUUAGUCCUUGGGCAUAGAGAUAGGGAGAUCACUCGAAGCAACAGAAAAUGGUAUCAGACGAUCGAAACACUGAUGAUGAGGCGUUGAACACUUCACGUUGUUUUUGGCAAAAGCAAAAGAAAAAAAAUCUGUAAAUAUGUUUAUUUAUUAUCAUUAUUAUUAUUUUUUACCGCUGCCGGUGGUCGGCAGCAGACCGAGGGUUGAAAAUAAAUUAUGUUUAUUGAUCAAAAUUCUAAUAUUAAACGAAGCAACAACAAAAUAAUUAUCGAAAUUCCAAAUUAAGACACAUCAACAACCCCAUCUACAUGGGGUUUUGUUUGAUGAUCGUCGUCAUGUUUAGGUAGCGAAAGUGUUUUUUGUUGUGUAUGAUUUCCGGCUGGGGGGUGUUUGGCGUAAGAAAGUUUUUUGAAUAUUUUUAGGCUAAACUCACCUUUCGCGAGUCUGUUGCGCCUAUACACAGCGAAAGUUGUGCUAUAGUGCUACCACGCUAUGGCUGCAGUGCGCACCAACACGAGCGUAAGGUGAUCAAAAUUAGAAGCAAAAUUUGUUACUACUUCUGGAAAGAGGAUGAUGGAAAAAUUUGUAAGUUUUCGGGUCGAGAAAGCGUAAGUUUCGUUUAUUGUUUUGGCGUUAUUUCGGCACUUUAGGCAAAAAAAGGAAAAUUGAGGAAAGCGAUAGAAAGAAAAUUAAAUGGAAGCGGCGAAAUGUGUUUUGUUGGUGAUGGUCCAGCGCCCUGAUCCAUGUUGCUUCGAGUAGAUACGGAGAAAGACAGAGAUGAUCGCGUUCGUACAUGAUCUAGCGUGUGUCGUAGGCAAGUGAAAGGCAAGGAGGCGGUGUGGUGUACACCGAAGUUCUCACACAAAAACACACAUGGUUGGAGGAUUGUAUACGUUGAUGGUGGUAAUUGGAACAACAAAAUUAAUUGUUUCUACCAUUUAAUAACGGGUGGUUAUUCUAUUAAACGAAACAGAGACGCGGCGAAUUUAGCUUUUUUGCUUGUGAUCGAUGUACAAGAACAAACAAGGAUCUUUUUGAGUUGUAUUAUUAUUUCACUUUUUGGGAUUGAACAGUGAUUCGAACGAUAAACAACCCCCAGUUGCACGUUUGCGAAAUGAUGAUAGGGCGUUGAGAUUUGGCACCAACGUAUGUGUAUACGCGUACGUACCCACAAACCUAUUAGAUCAAUUACAAUGAGAACCAAAAACGAAAGUAUUGCAAUAGAAUCUUAACCAAGCUAUGCGUUGGCAACAGUCGCGCACUUGCGGGUAGAAAUGGAAAACACAAUCCAGCCUGAUCAGUUUCUGUAAACGCGCAGCGCGGGAAAGCUCGAACGAAAAAUCACUUACUGAACACCAUCUCCUUGUUGGCAAAGAAAAAACCAAAGCUUAUUUGUAACGAAAGCAUUCCUUUAAACACGCUGGAGAUGUAUAGGACACUCCCUGUGUCGAUUGCUUUAGUUUUAGUAUUUAGGAUACUAAUACUAAAAUUUAUUUAACAAACAACACGUAUUCGUUUUCAAAUGGUGGCUCAUAGGAAAAUGAGUAGCUAUAUUGAGCGUAUGCCUAUGAGUUGAAACCCUUCCCAAAACAACAAGGGAAUCCAUUACUAAUAAUCAGAAAAAAAUGCAUCCGCUGGAUAAGUUAUCCGGUGAGUUUCCUAGUCCAGUUAAACCAGCAUCAAGCCUCCACAUUAAGCUUCACUGCUGCGUGUGGAGAUUUGUACGAUCGCAGCAAAAUUAAAAAAGGAGUUUCAAAAACUGUUUGCAAAAUUCGAAAAUGUCCUAAUUUACAAACUCUAGCUUGCGCGCGAAGUAGACGAGAGAGACGAGAGACCUGCAAACGGUAUAUAGCAAUGAGUUUAGUAGCACUAAGAGAUAUAUUUUUUCGUCCUUAUGAUACGCAUCAUUACCUUAUUAUAAUUGGCUUUAUAAUGAAUGAGUACGCUUCUUCCAAACCAUGGGAAUGGUGGUUGUGUUGCGAUGGUAGCAUUGUUCACUACAACGCUACAACUCCGGGACAAAAACCGAAAUUCGAGUCGCGCAAAACACAAUCACACUGAACUGGUUUGAAAGAAGUGAGAAAUGUACAAAACAAAAACAAAAAAAUAAAGACAAAAUAUUACUAUUUCCAAAUCUAUUAAAAUUAUUGUCCUCAAAAUUGACAUUUAUCUCUCCAUUACUAUUUUAUGUGGCCUUUCGUUUAAUAUGUAUCAGUGUUUAUGUUUUCUUUAAGUGUUUGAUUUUUUAUUUUAUUUAUUCCGAAAUCAAAUUGGAUAUGAAAUUAAAUGUUUUUUUUUAAAAUAAUAUAAGCACAAGUUUUUCUAUAUAUAAACAUAUUAUUUACAAUGACAUAAAUAAUUUUUGUUUGACGACAUACUCUGAAUCAAAAUUAAACCGACACGAACCGUGGUGGGGUUGUAAGUGAAAGUGGUGGAACGGACGAAGAAGUAAUCCUAUUUAUAUCAUGCCUUCCAAAAUUACGCAAAAUUUUAAAUAACAAAAAAAAAACGACGAAAGUAACUGAAAUUGUGAUAUUAAUCAUUUAAAGUCACCAUCGUCACCGGGCGCCAUGGGUGGAUUGAUCAAUCUGUGGAUGUGAGAGCAUGGUGAAACCAGGAAACAAGCACACAACCUUCCGAUGGGCAAAGUGCAGGGUUCGCUACAGCUGUUGCUCGCUCCUGAAAAUACCUGAAGUUCGUGUACGAUGGUGACUCCGUGCUGCUGUUGACCGACGUUGCCACAGCAGCUCUAGUUUAGGGAAUAAUUGUUGCAAAUCAAGAACUAAAUCAAAUUAAACCUCUUUUCGGUCCAAAACGCGUUUCGGCAUAACUUUUAGGCAUUAUGAUAUAUAAACAGGGGACACGGAGAUACCGGUGUGGUCUCUGGCAUGAAUAUGACAAACAUUUUCGGCAAACUACGUAAGAAAGUGUACGUGAAAGAGGGAGAGAGAGUACUGUUACAGCAUAUUUGUUUGUUCUUAUUGUUUUUAAAGCUGCCGUUCUGUUCUGAAUGCCAGCGCUGCUUAUGUUUUGUUAGCAGUUAUGUAGAAGAUGUGUGCAUUUUUCUUUCACUUUGGAUUGGGUGUGAUACGCGUGAUGUGUGUGCUGGGCCGAUCCUAUUCGGCCAGCAAAGACAGCAAAAGCUAUCGAGUUAUUGAAUCGCCCCCGGAGGGAAAUUCAACCCCAUACCAGUGCGUCGGUGCCAGAGCCGACCCAGGCUUGUACGACUGUGUAACGGAAUUGUUUGCGCCCCUUCCUGAACCCGGUGGCACAGCGCUUCGCUCAUGUCGGUGUGACACCAGCAAACGAGGUGCGCGGAAGAAGCAAACAUUAAAUAGUAAAACAAUAAUACAUGGAUAGACAGCAAGCAUACACUUAGUUUGUAAGUAACGAUUUCACACCAGUAUCUUACCACUACUACACAGGUCAACCACAAAUCAAACACAUCCACACAGCCACACAAACAGACAGUCAUAGAACGUAAAAGCAGUAAAAUAGCAGAGCAGAGAAACGGAGACAUAAGUAAAUGGUAGAGCUAUAUUAGUGCAGCAGUGCAGAUGGGCUACACAUGGGCCAGCGCACUGCUGGUACACAGUAAACUUAAUCAAUUCAAUAUUAAUCAGUGUGUGUGUGUGAGUUACAAGCGCAACAAGCCAAUUAGUGUAACACAAAACAAUAGCCAGAUAACUCAGCAAUUUUUCAAUUCUAUACUUCAACCACAAACCGACAAACAGCAAACUAAAUAACCCAAAUCACGUCCGGUAUGGGUGAAGAUUUUUCCGGACCGUCGCUAGACGAUCCUAGUUGGUCGCUGUACCGCGGGCAAGGUUCUGUAUUAACCCGUACGCAGCUGUGCCGCGCUGUAAGGUUCUCGUAACCAUACAUUCGAACAAGCCAAGCGCACUCGACGACACACCGAACGGCCGUUUUUGUUUCCAAUUUUCCAAUACAACAAGAUGGUCAAAAGCACGGCACACAGCACCAUUCGGCCGCACUGUGACCAUAAAUUGAUCAACGUUUCCUAAGCCCAGACAGGAAAGCUUCCCGUUUUCGGAGAAAAGAUAAUAACGAAUUACUCAUCCACGGGGAAAGAAAAUCAGACGUGCAGACCGUUCCUGGCACGACGGGUUCUGCUCGAGAAAACCCUGCCUGUCAACCGAACGGAUUCGUUCACUUAAACCGAACGUUGCGUUCGGGUGCGCGGCAUCGUACGAGGAUCAUCGCUCGUCCAGGAAACGCCAGUCUGUUGGAGUCUGUGAUUUUGCGCGAUUUUCAUCACGGGCUUCACACAGACCAAGUGUGUACUAGCCCGUCUACAACGCCACCCUGUAGCUGACGCCAUGUGCCAUACCACCAUCGGCAUCUUAGCGGCGCGGGCCGGUGUGCGCGUAUGAUUCGAUCGCCAUCGCCAAUCGAAGAUGCUGUUGGCGUGGCUUUCCUGUGUCUCUUUGCGCUUUGGAGCAAGAUCCAAACGUACGUGCGACAUAAUUUGCAAUUCGAAAAACGGCAGGUCCAACGUGUGCGCCCGUUCCCUUUCUGUUGCUUCAAUUGCAGCACAUGCACUGCGUACUUUGUGGAGCAUUGGCUAUUUGUUGGUAGUUCGUGCUUUUACCAUUGCCGAAAGCGCUGUUUUGCUGAAUCGCUCAAGUGUGCUGCACCCCGGCAGAGCUGCUACCGGAAAGCGUGGUAGAACUCUUCAGGAAGUCGUCUGAUCAGGCGAAAACACACACCGUACAUAAGAUCCCGAUGCCGACGGAACUGGGAAUGGGGAAUGAGUCCCAUACCGGGGAAUGAUACUCGAUAAGCUGCUGCUCUACCAACAGCCAAGUGUGUCGGUAGUUGCUUUUUGUAAAUACUUUUUUCCAUUUUGCCAUACCUUUUUGUCCGUCGUUCUAUUUAUGCAAAUUGUGUAGAUUUUUUUAAAAAUAAUAAAAUCUAAUAAUUGAGGAGAAACUUACGUUUAACAUUUGCAAAGGGCUCUUCUUGAUCUGACUAAAAUUGAUUUGCACAAGAUUUGACGAACGUCUCGAUGGCUGAAAAGAAAAACACAUUGAAAUGAAAACAAAAAUUAGACUUCUAAGAAAAGUUUGGGUAAGUUUUGCGAUCGUGCAUGAAUUGUGGGCUUUAGAUGCAUAAUUUUGGUACUACUUGCUAACGAUUCAUUCUGAUACCUUUUCAAUUGUGUGUAUUGGAGAUAUUUAAGGAGAUAUCCCAAAUUUAAUCGACAUAUGGGAAUAAGGACAUAUCAUUUCGAUUUUAUAUUAUGGAGAAAUGAUAAAUGAUUGUGGGUUUUCUGAACUAUAUAACCUGUUUUUUUUAAUUAAGAAUUGUUUCAACUUUGACCACCCGUAAAUUAUUCAAAUUCUGUGCGGCGUUUCAAAAGAAAAAAAACCGAAACAUCAAUAGUCCUCCAAACGUGCAAUGCUUUGUGCGGGUUAGCAUGUGAAGUAUAAGCUAGCUUUAAAUGGAAUCUAAUUAUUUACAUCACCGACAAUCACGGAGAGGUUGAAUUGAUUAAGAGCAUGCAAAAGAUUGCAAUAGAAUGGGUAAAAGUUACUCUUAUCUGUUUAAAAAUAUUUUCCGUUUUCAACUGGAUUCAACAAACACAUAUUUCUCAAGUCGAUAAAGUAGCUUAUUUCCAAACUUAUAACUCAUAAAUUGACAUCCUGCGUUAUCGAAUGUACGAAUGAUUAUAUAUGCUCCGUUUUUAGUGCUUCCGUUUUGCGAGCGUACGAACAUUUGUUCCACCAAUUAGGUCACAUCUAGAACACCUAAGUGAAUGAUAAUUGAGCUAAAAUUUAACCCAUUUAAGAAGAAGCAAAAUUGCAAUGCAAUACAGUUUACAGCAACGUCAGAAACAUAACACACCAGCAAUAUAACAAUCGUGAAGCGAAGCAUACUGUCUGUGAACGUAGGAACAAUUUUUCUGGAGAAAAACCCCUGCACUAACGUUACACUACAUCACCAACAAACAUCAUCAAGAAUUAUGAUACGCACACCACCACGACCACCACAAAAACCUUUAGAGAACGAAGGCGAGCAGAGAAAUGAGCUGUUUUGGGCAAAGUUUAACAAUUAAUUUCUGGCCACAAUAAUAUUCUGUUUAACACGUUUGGCGACAAUUUAGAGACACGUUUCGUAACCGGAAGGACUGAGAGAUUUUUCAGGUGAAAGUGAAAAGAAACGGCAUCGCUUUAUCGAAACCUUUUGAGAAGAACAUGUUUCGGCAUACUAUACAUUUAUACAUGUAUUCAGAUGAAUGCAGAAGUGCUCGGUUGACAUAGCAUUUUAAGAUCGGAAAUAGCUAACGAAAAAAAAAAAACCACCAGGAUACAAUAUACAGGAUAAAACAACAACAACAGCAAACAAUAGCAAUCGCAUUAAUGAGCAGAUAAAUAAUAGUAACGAGACAAAAAAGCAUUGUCCUCCACGACACAGCCAGGAUAACUAUCACAGUAAAUUGAUUGAUCAAUUGCCACAGACAACAAACCAACCAACAGAACAGAACAUCAAACGAUUAGAACCAGAUAAAAACCACACCUGAAAUAGACUAGUCAAUACGGUUGAUUGACCGAUUGACACCAAUGGGUAUUAUAGAAUGCAACAUACUCAGGGAAUAGUAUUACUACCAUUCGAUAGUUUCCAUAUACCGUGCUGUUACGAAAGACAGACAGCACUGCUGUUUGUAUGUGUGUGUGCGCGCGCGCGCGAAUGUGCGUGAUACAGUCAUAUACAGGAUAUAUAAUCAUUAACCGUAAUUUAAAUUUAAUGCAAAUAAGAUUCAAUGAAUGUUGUAUAAAGCCGCUUGACAGCAUGAGAACGAAACCGGAACCUGAUAUACUCCCCCAUAUUGCCAAUUCUUUGUAAAAAAACAAACAGACAACCCAACCAACGAAACUAAGUAUCCCGCAAUGCAGUCACCGCCAAAACUCUGCAAUCCCGGGCUACCAAACGUAGCAAACUCUGUGUAAACUACUAACACUAAUGCAGGCUGUGAUCGCACGUGUACGAAGAACCGAUCCCAUCGAACAUUUCAUAAAACUCUCGAGCUCGCAGGCGUUUACGCAACACGCCCAAACCAGAGGAGGAUUCACGCACACCGAUCCUCGGUGUGACGAUCCUCUUCGAUCCGUUUUUCCUUUGGUUAUGUUUUAGUUUUGCGUUUUAAGUAUCGAUCUGUGUGCAAUGAAGAUCACCGCACAGCAUCGCAUUUAUCAUUUGCCGAAUGUUAAGAAACAGAACGAAUGUGAGAAAAAUAAACCGGUUAUUAAAAUAAAAUGCUAGCAUCUUCCCCACGCUCGCAUAAGGCACCCCCUAAACGACCAUCAGUUUAGUGCAUACAAAACCAAGCACAGAGAGCACGUGGGGAAGGAAUAACAUGGAUGCUAGAAAAAAAGAAUUUUUCUUUUCGCUUAAGUUUACGAAGUGAAAACAACAACAAAUGAUGAAACAUACAUAACAAAAACAAAAACAUCAUAAUCGCAGUUUGAAGGAGAAGAUGAUGAUGCAGCAGAAAGCGUAAUGAACGAGGAGACACUAUCAAUUUAAUGCAUGGAAAAUGAAAUUGUGGGUCAGAAUGGAAAGGUAAAAAAUCCAAUUCCCAUCCAACCGACCAACCACAAUCACAUUUGAAACAAAUAAUAUACUGGACAAACUUCGUGAACAAAACUUUCAAAAUGAAUAUGAUUAGAGCAACGAAAGGUUGAACUAAGCACUGGAAAUCAAACAACAACAACAACAACAACAACAUGAAAAAAAACAAGGAAAACGAUUUCAUUCUAAAUCUCCUGUUGAAAUUAAAAACCCCCUAAUGUUCAUAUUGUGGAGUAAAAGAAUGAGAGUAUUUGCUUUCCAAAUUAAGCAACUCGAAAAAAAAUCUUAAAAGUUCCGUAAGAUUUCAUUUGUCUUUUCCAUUUUUGGCGAAAAAGAAAAUUGGUAGAAGAAGAAAAAAUCCUAAAAUUGGCCAACAUUUUCUAUCCCACAUUUAUGACAUGUGAUUUUAUCCAUCAAAAUUUCUCUUUAUCGAAAUUUGAGCAUAAUACAGCUUUCCUGUUUGAUGCAUAACCAUAUCGUUUAAAGUACAGUAUAAAUGUGUGAAAUAAAGCACAGACAGCAAUGGGAGAGACAGAGAGACAGUCAGGAAACCCAAUCUGUAUAAAUUUAGCAAUGUGUGUGUGUGAGUGGACACCUUAAACAAAAACGAACAUCAUUGCUAUAAUAAGGACUUGAACAAGCAGAACACAACAAAAUUGCAAAAAUGCUUUGACUUUUACGCUCGCGAUCGUUCGAUCGAUCGAUCGAGUAAGAUUUUAAUUGUCUAAUUUUGCGUUCCACAAUUUUCGAUUCGAUUGAAAGUCAAAAACACGAUUACAGAAAUUGAAAACCGAAAAUGAAGAAAAGCUAUAAAUUCCAUUUCCAACUGAGUCAUUUUUGGAACGAAGCAGUAGCGACGUUUUUAAAUCUAUGAUUCCAAGUUUCAACCAAAAAUGCAGAAAGAGUAAAUGCAAAAAAAAACACGGGAAGGAGGGAAAAAACUGCUGUUUGAUUAUAUUUAAAUCAUACAAAUUAAUCAUUUCAAUUUGUAAUAAACUCGAAACCAAUUUUUCACACACGCAUCGCCGGCAUGACGUUGAUACGAAGGCCAAACCGGUGAAACGGUCACAACGUGCACACACAGCGACCAAACAUACGGUUUCGGCACACGCACACAGCAACCAUUCAUCUCUGCGCGUCUGUGCGAUGUUGCUGCUGCUGCUGCUGCUUGGGAAUUCAAAAUCAAACAGACAAACUCUAACCCACCGAUUUUCGGUACUCCCGUCAAUAAAGCUGGGUGAGUUUUGGACGACAUUAGAUGGCAUUGAUGAGGAAGAAAAAAAAUAUUUAAAAAACCCAAAAAAAAUACAUCUUCACAUCACAUGCAUACGUCCUCCUCUUUUGGUUCAGCUGCAGCGGCAGAGUUAAGGCAACACACCGAACACCGGUUUGGGUUGUGCAGUGUGCAAGUUCGCUGACGUUCACCGGCUCCAGCUACGGAAUCCGUAGCGAGCCUUUUUUCCCCCCAUCAACCAACGGCGCCUGUUUGCGUGUUAGCUACUUUAUAUACACCGAAACAAACUAACACAAUCUCGCAUGCUAAUAUUAAAAAAAUAAAUUUUAAAACAUACUACAAAACAUGCCAACCAAAAAAAAAACACAUUUGACAAACAUUUAUAUGAAAGUAAACAUAAAAAACAAACUAAAACCAAAAUCUGAUCACAAAAAUAACAAUCGAAAUGAUAUCGCGCACGCUAACCAACUAUCGCGCCCGCUGACUAGUGUCGCUGUAGCACGCAGCAACAUCUUUGCACGACAGCCACACACUAGAGAGGCGAGCAGAUGUUGGAAGCGACAUUACAAAACAACAACCGUACAACAAAUUGUUCGAAGAGCGAUCGAAAACCGACACCACCACCACUGUCAAUCAGUUUUCUCGAUCGCUCUUCCCAUCACUACUGGCGACCCAACCAUCAUCGCGUGAUAGUGACCGAACAAUAGCGAUUUGAUUUUAGCAACAAUCGAACUUUGGCUAACAUACGUAUCACUUUUGAAACAGUCUGGCUAGAAAUGAUCUGAUCACAGUAAAAUAUGAGUAAAAAUGAGAACCGAAAAUAACAAACAAAAAAACCAAACCGAAAAACACAACAAAACAUCUCCAAAAGUGAGUUAACAAUCGAGGACAGUUCAGUUAAAUCAGCUGAGUAACAAAACAGGCAACAAAACAAACAAACCUAAAACAAAACCGAAGAACAACCAAAACAUUGAAGAAGCAAAAUCGGGAAAAAACAACCUAUUUAUGUUCAGUUAUCAGACAGGAUAAACCGGAUCCUUGUUUUCGUUGUUACAGCAGGAAACAGCAGUUUUGUAGCAGUUUCGAGCCUAACAAACACUAACGCGCAUUUUGGUGCAUUUUUUAUCAAAGUUUUUUUUGGUUUCCGUUUCCGUCUACUACAAGCGAUUGGCAGAGGAUAUUAUGUUUAUUGGUCCACCGUACAACAACAACCAAGAAAAAAAAAACACAGGAAACAGCAAUAGACAGUUAUACAGAUUGCUGAGCAGAUUUAUGAUGGUGAUUUAUAUGUUACGUUUUAUGUACGCCUUUUGGAAAAGUUUUGUUUUUUUUUUAUUUCACUUGAUUGCUAUUCCUAUGUAUUUAUGUAUUUUUUGUUUUUCUUAAGCAUUGUUUGUUAUUCUAUAUGUUUCGAUCAAAAAUAGAAGUUUUAUUCUUCAACUUUAAAAAUUAUUUUAAUUUCACUCAACAUUUAACUUUUAAGAAGACUUUUUUUUAUUUUCAAAAUAUUCUUUCAGAUUGUAUUGUUUGUAAAAACCAUGAUUUAAUCAUCAUUGUCACAAAUCUGCUCAGGGCAACAGAACAUAUAAAAUAUACUGGAAUGAUUUUUCAUCUUUGAACAGAACUCAAACCGAAAAGUAACGUUUUUCAUUUCCAAUUGAGUACAACCAUCCUAUGUUGAAGCAUAAAGAAGCAAAUAACAAACGAAAAACCAAACAAACAAAAAAUCAAUCCAAGCAAAAGCAAAACUACAAAUCCACAAUCAUUACCGUUUCACCGUAAUCCAAUUUUAUGAUCAAAAUUGACAGCAACAGAGAAAGAAACAGAACCGAUAAAUAAUCACACAGUUUGAAAUGAAAGCAACAACACAAACGAAAUUGCUCUUAACAAAAAAACGAAAACAACCAUCUAACGAUACGAUUUAGCUGCGCCAGGCUAGUUCGUGAAGCAACCAGAAACAACAGAAGAACGAAACAACCUACAACAAAAUGAAACCAAAAACCAAAAAAAAAACAUAUGAACAUCCAAAGUAAGCAAAAUUCAAAAUUUGUUGAUGUAUGAUGUUCAUGACAACAUCAUCGCUGAGAACGAGCCGAACCAUUAAUAUGGGGGAGGCUCACCAAAUAAAUAUCUAAUCACGUAAAAUGGAAUGAAGUAUACCAACAUCACCAGGUCAGGAAUAAUAGACGCUGAAAAC